CUCUCACUCCCCUUUCCCUUCCCCUCUGUUUAUCUCCUCUCUCUCUCUUGCUUAUUUCACACCAAACCCAACCUUCUCAACCAUUUCACUGAUCAUUCCAUUCCACCACCCAAAACCCAAUUCCCCCUCUUUUCUAAUGUAACCCAAUUUCACAACCAAUUUAACCCCUCAAACAUCAUCAUCACCUUCAUUCUUCAACUUAAUUUCAUCAUCACAUCCAUUUUUUCCAUUCUUCAACUUGAGCUUGAGCUUGAUCUGCUUCAUCUGUUAACUGAUGGAAAAUCAAUUCUUCUCUAAUGGUGGUGUUCCACCUCAACUGCAUUUUGACCCUUCAAUGCCCACUUGGCAAUCACCACCACCACCACAAUCAUCUGAGCAGAACCAAGAUUGCUUCUACAACACCCAAACAUGGGAGAAUUCAACGGAUCAUCACGCUCUUCACUUCGAUUCCGCCAUGAGUUCAAUGGUUUCUUCUCCUGCAGCUUCCAAUUCCAACAUGUCCAGUGACAAUUUCGCCAUCAGGGAGCUCAUUGGGAAAUUGGGGAACAUUGGUGGUGGCGGUGAUGAGAUCUCACCGGGUUUUCUCAAAUCAAUGGCCUUGAAUUCCACUGUGGCGGAAUUCUCAGGCGAUCCCGGGUUCGCGGCGCGGGCGGCCAAGUUUUCUUGCAUUGGAAGUAGGAGUUUCAAUGGCAGGAGUAGCCAAUUGGGGCUGAACAACAAUGCUGAGUUGACUCAGAGUCAGAGGUCUCCUUCAUUGAUGGAAAAUGGGAUGCUUCUACCUAGAGUCUCGAGUAGUCCAUCGUUGAAAUUGCUUGGGUCUCAAAUGGAAGGGACCAAUUCUCAAGAGGAAUCUACAAUCUCUGAGCAGAAACCUUCCCCUUGUGUCAAUUCCAGGAAAAGAAAAGCUUCUUCCAGAGGAAAAGCCAAAGAAACUGCAAACUCUACCAACCCUCCCAUGGAUGCUGAAGCUAGCGAAGACCAAAAUGCUAAGCGCGGAAAGCCGAAUGAGGAUGAAGGAAAAGAAAAAAAUGGCUCAGUUAAGGCUGAGGAAGAUUCCAAAGCGGGUACUAGUAGUGGAGGUGAUGAGAAACAGAACAUGAGUAGCUCAAAACCUCCUGAGCCACCAAAGGAUUACAUUCAUGUGAGAGCAAGAAGAGGUCAAGCUACUGAUAGCCAUAGUCUUGCAGAAAGAGUUCGAAGGGAGAAAAUCAGUGAAAGGAUGAAGCUGCUCCAAGAUCUUGUUCCAGGUUGCAAUAAGGUCACUGGAAAAGCACUUAUGCUUGAUGAAAUUAUAAACUAUGUCCAGUCAUUGCAGCGUCAAGUUGAGUUCCUAUCUAUGAAAUUGUCUUCUGUUAACACCAGGCUGGAUUUUAGCACUGAAAGUCUAAUCUCAAAAGAUAUAUUUCAAUCAAAUAAUUCUUUGGCACAACCAUUAUUCCCACUAGAUUCCUCAGCACAAGCCUUUUAUGGGCAACAGCCACAGCAAAACUCAGCAAUCCACAAUAACUUUCCUAAUGGAACUGUGACCCACACCUCAGUGGACCCAUUACAUACUGGUGAUCUGUGCCAAAACCUUGGCAUGCAGUUACUUCCACUAAAUGGGAUUAAUGAAGGUGGCUCUCAGUUUCCACUAACGUUCUCUGAAGAUGACCUCCACACCAUAGUUCAAAUGGGAUUUGGUCAAACUGCAAAUAGGAAAACACCAAUAAGAUUUCAGAGUAUCAACGGCUCAAAUCAAGUGCCCUAUGAAAAUUAAGCUCUGAUCACCAUUCAUUACGCCUGAAUUGAUGCCCAGAGGAAUAGGAAGAUUGCUGUUGUACACAUCAACAAGAGAUUUAAUUCGAACAACCCCAUGAAUUAUUAAGCCAUUAUUGUCACUAUUCAGUAGGUCUAAUAGAAGCCUCUUUUGUCUUUAUGUUAGCCAUUCCCAUUUCUUUUCUUUUUCUUCUUACCCUUUCCCUUUCCAUGAUUAUAAUUUUUAAUCAUCUGGGGUUGUUCUUUUCAAUUUUUUUCACUGUAAAAUCUUUAGGAACGAUUCUGUAUUAUUCUCUUGGUGCAAAUUCUUGUUAUUAUUGCGCCAAAUUGUAAGAUAGUGCUAAUUAAAGGAGUUUUUUUCUACCAGCUAUCA